AUGAAUAAGCGUACUUUGUCUCCUUCUUCGUCUUCUCGUCGCACUCGGGCCUCUACCUUGGCAAUUUUACCCGACGUUGACCCCGAACAUCUCAUGCGCCAAACGAAAAGAAUGAGAAUUACUUCCCAAGCUCCUGGUUUUACCCAGACUCCCACGGUUGACGCUUCUCGAAGGGCUCUCGACACCAUUAAGGAUCGAUAUCAAUCCGGUCCUUCUCGCGAUCAACAAUCGUCUCAUCUCGAUUACGAGGUCAUCGAGCAAUAUAUUAACUUCGAAGGGGGUGCUGGGCCAUCUGCCACUGGUGAGAACCCAUCUCCCGCCAAAUCCGUUGAAUCCGAACACGGCACCGCCGUUGAGAAUCAAAAUUCUCCUGGUAAUAAGUCCCCUGUGCCACCGUCUGAUUAUUCAGAGGGACUUGUCGAGGUUCCCGCUGAACUCGAAAUCAUUUUUCACGCUCCUCGCAAGGUUCCCGUCAAUGAUGAACUGGUCAAGGUUCUGGAUGCUCGAAAAGACUCGGAAAUUGGUGAGAUUCCUAUAGAAUUCUCUACUCUCUGGGCCAAAAUGACCUUCUCCUCUGUUGUACGGCUCUGA